AUGGCACCCGUGUUCGUGUGGUCCUGCGUCGAGCUAUUUAUCAGCAAUGUGCACGCCUGUCUCCCCACAUUCUCCUGCUUGUUCCGUCGUUGGUGGGCUAUCCUGGGAGUCAAGAAGUCAGCUUUAAACAAGAGAGAGUACUAUGAUACGGGCGGCUCCAGAAUUCAUCGUUCUAGGCCACAAGCUACUGAGGACGAAGAGGACGAUAAAUCUCAUGGCGAUGAAGUCCAGCUGACAAGUUUCCCUGGCUGGCCAUUGAACCUCCUGCGUGGAAAGGAUAGUAGGGAUGAUAUCGCAGCGUCGCGAUCUAGGAUCCAGGUCAAAGAGGAGGUCACAAUUUCGUGGAAUUAA